AUGGCCACUUCCAAUUUCUACUCCGCCGAGCCUGCGCUCCCCGUUCUGGCCGAUACGCUGCUCUCUCCCUCGCCAACACCCAAACCACCACAAUCCAAGAACUCUUGGAGUCUCCAGCACGACCUGGAAAAUGGCAUCCACCCCAAUUCCAGCAUAUUGCGCCCCGGCGUCAUCAUCGGCUUCUCCAGAAUAAGAGCGAAAAGCCCCGAGAAUGAUGAAUAUAUUGGCCAGAUCCCGCGACACUUGCUCACAACACACCUGCGCUCCAGACAAGCCUCACCAGACCCAAGCGCAUUCAUUAUCCACCCAAACACGUCCAGCGCCUUUGCUGCACGUACUCUACUUAAUGAUCUCCUAUCACCACAUCCCUCUCACUCAGCAAAUGGUUUAUCCAAAGAUGAAGCAAUCCAGCGCCUCGACUCGGUCCACUUACUCCCGGUGCACGAUUUUGCUGGCGCGGCACAGGCCAUCAGUAAAGUCUCGAACGAGUUGCAGGAGAUGCACUCGCGACGACUAGCGGAUGACCAGACGAACCGAAUAGCCCCGGAUCCCCGGGCGGUACUUCUCAUCGUCGUCGGCCUCGACACUCUCGCCGAGGGAGUUAUUCGCGCUUCGAAUCCGAUCAAGGGCGCUGCUCUGCUGGCUGGUGCGUUGCGCACGCUUACUCGCUUGUCUCGUGCGUGUGAAUCUUCUCUUUCUGUCCUACUUGUUAAUACCCACGGUCUGGGAUCGAUGUAUUCGGGGGCAGAUGGGAAAGCAGCAUCAAGCACGCACCUCCAAGCAGAUACACGAGAUGAUCAGCUCCAUUCAAUUUUUCACCCAACUGGCCCGUCUCUGCUGUCUAAUCUGCUCGCGAAGACCCUGGACCAAGGAAUUGAUACCCAUCUCCUGCUGUCGGAUGUCAAGGGGGCGCAAGUGGUAGAGGUGAUCAAGGAUAGGGCCGGGAGUGGUGUAGGGAAAUGGAGUGUCUGGAUUCAGGGCUGCUAG